CCGAAAAUUGCGCCGCCGCAAGGCUUGUGUAGAAUGGCGACGCCGCAUUAUAAGCAGGAUUUGCCUCCUGAAGGGGGUUAUUCCCCCUUCAAUUUUAAGCGUAUUCCUGCCAAAGUGUUGCUUUCUGGGUACAGGCUGUUCGGGCUCUUUGCAGCUUUUACCGGCUUCUCGUGGUACAUGCUGAAGAACCAGUAUGUUACGAAGAAGUUGAUCGAGAUUGAAGCUGCUGAUGGGCAUAAUGCACUACAGCCUCUUCUGCUUGCUGAGAGAGACAGGAUGUUCCUGAAGCAGCUGAAGAAGAACCGCGAGGAGGAGCGGGAGCUGAUGAAGAAUGUCCCUGGCUGGGUAGUGGGCACCUACUUUGGAGAGCCCAUAUAUAAGACAAUCAGUCCUGACACUCACAUUGACCCCGUCGCUGACGAGUUCUUUGCGCACGCUGACCCUAAGGUCUCUUACGACAUCUGGCACUACUGGGACACCAACUACUGAUCUGCAGUGGUUUUUCCACUGUUUGCUAGAGGCACUGCCUAUUUCGUUAGUUGUUUUGUAAUAGGCAUCCCACUUUAGUACUUUCAUUAAAGAACGCAGGAGCCUGUC